GGGCGUAACGUGAACUUUAUCACGUGACCCGGUUGUGUUUCGGCCAUGUGAAUUUAUGUUUUUGUUUCUUAGUGCAAUUUAGGAUAGUUUUACAACUAAAACAAGUUUUAGCUCGCGCGGUUAUUUGGAACGUUGAAGAUGAAUAAAACUAGAUGUCGUGCUGGGAGACGAGCGAGGAAAAAAAGACGGAAAAAACACGAGGAUUUCUCCAAAGUUACUUUGAUUCACGAAACCCAAUUUGUUCUAUUGAGAAGAUGGCUGAAAGAAAGAGGAUUCACCUCACAGAGUCUCGUUCCUGUCAACUUCCAUGAUACUGGAAGGGGGCUUAUGGCUACACAAACUAUCAAGUCCAAAAACUCUGUGAUUUCUUUACCUGAGGAAUGCCUACUAACCACCAGCACAGUUCUGAAGAGUUACAUGGCUGAUUAUAUAAAAAGAUGGCAUCCUCCCAUAUCUCCACUUCUGGCUCUUUGUUGUUUCCUUAUAUCUGAGAGGCAUCAUGGAGAUGCAUCAGAGUGGAGCCCCUACAUUAACAUCCUCCCAAAGACUUACACGUGCCCUGUGUACUUCCCUGAUAACAUCAUUGAACUUUUACCCAGGAGCCUGCAGAAAAAAGCCACAGAGCAGAAGGAGCAGUUUCAGGAACUCUUCAGCUCUUCGCAAACGUUUUUCCACUCACUCCAGCCGCUCUUCAACCAGCCCACAGAAGAGCUGUUUACCCAGGAUGCACUGCGGUGGGCUUGGUGUAGCAUUAACACGCGUACGGUUUACAUGGAGCAUGAUCAAAGCAAAUAUCUGUCCAGGGGGAAGGACGUCUAUGCACUUGCACCAUACCUUGACCUGCUUAACCACUGCCCUAAUGUCCAAGUUGAAGCUGGCUUCAACAAAGAAACUCGCUGCUACGAGAUCAAAAGUGUCUACGGCUGUAAAAAGUUCCAGCAAGCGUUCAUCAAUUACGGUCCUCAUGAUAAUCACAGACUGCUUUUGGAAUAUGGCUUUGUUGCCCCUUGCAACCUCCACAGUGUAGUAUAUGUUGAUUUAGAAACACUAAAAGUGUGUCUUGAUGAAAAAGACAAGCAGCUGAAACAAAAACUACUCUACCUAAAAGACAAUGACUUUUUAAGAAACUUGACGUUUGGGAUGGACGGCCCUUCCUGGAGGCUAAUGACUGCACUGAGACUACUGUCCCUGAAACCUCAGCAAUAUACCAGUUGGAAGAGUGUCCUGCUGGGGGCAGCAGUGAGCCAGGAUAGAGAGGUCUGGUGCAUUGACUCUGCCCUGAAGCUUUGCAAUAACCUCACCGAAGACAAUGUCAAAGCACUAGAGAGGCUAGCGCAGCUCAAAGAGGGUGCGAACCUGUCUGGCCUUGAACAACUGUGUGUGGUGGAGAGCCUGAGAAGAGAGGAGCAAAACAUUCUGGGACACACACGAGGGCUUCUCCAAAACCUCCUGAGACAAUAGUCACUGUGGUAACAGUAGGGUAUUCGCAACACUGACCAAUCAGACGCCUGCCAACAUUUAAACCCAAGCCAAGACUGAGUGUACAGCCAACAGAUACGGGUUAACCAUUGAGCUACUGUACAGUCCUUAAAGGCACAGUUCACCAAAAAAUUAUUGAUGUUGAUAAUUUAUUGUUAAAGUUCACAUGAACCGGAAGCUGCAACCGUUUUUUUCCGUAUUGUGAUGCAGUUCCUAGAGAAACGGAAUAUUAAAUGAGAAAACAGUG